AUGCGCCUCCGAAUCAUGCGAGUCGGGAAAAAUACCCUGACGGAUUUAGUCAAGCAUGGCUGUGUUCUGUUGUUGGUUUUAAACGUACUCCCUCUGUCCCAUUGUGACACGUACCUGUAUACAUUAUCUAAUCAGACUCGACAUGCACGAGAUAUUCGUCACUCGUUACGAUCUAGUCGUCUAGACCGAUCGAGUAUCUAUAUGCCAGAUGAUAUUACGCCUGAUGGAGAUAUUCGAGCACCCGUGUUGUUGGGAGUACGUCGUGAUUUGACAAUCACCAGUGGUCCGGAUGGAUUCUUCGGAGUGUGUCAACGAGUGUAUCGUGUGUUGCAUCACGUUCGGCUCAGCCCGGCUCGUGAGUGUCAAAAGCACCGAUCCAGACAAUCGGUUCUUGGUGACAUCUCGGAUUUCUAUCACACAGUAAGUGCACCUGGGUUGAACUGA